ACCAUGAGUCUCAGGGAAACCCGGGCAAAGGAACUAGACAAGUACAUCGAAGAGCAUCUCUUACCUGAUACCACUUUCAAGAGAGAGGUCCGAAGUGCCAUUGACACCAUCUCCUCCUUCCUAAAGAACAGGUGUUUCCGAGAUACAGGGAAGUCAGUUCGGGUGACCAAGGUUGUGAAGGGAGGGUCAUCUGGCAAAGGCACAGCCCUGAAAGGCUGCUCUGAUGCAGACCUGGUAGUAUUUCUCAGCAACCUCAAAAGCUAUCAGGACCAGAUAGAUCGCCGAAAAGAGCUCAUUGAGGAAAUCAAGAAACAAUUGAAAGAAUGUAAGCAUGAGCAAGAAUGUAAGCUUCAAGUAAAAUUUGAGGUCAAUGAAUGGCCCAACCCUCGAGUACUCAGCUUCAGGAUGAAGUCAACCAAGAUCGGUCAGUGGGUGGAAUUUGAUGUGCUUCCAGCCUUCGAUGUUCUAGGCCAUGUGAUUGAUCACUUCAAACCUGAUGAAAGCAUCUACAUUGAUCUCAUAAGGGAAUCCAAAGAUGGGGGAGAAUUCUCCACCUGCUUCACAGAACUGCAGAAGAACUUCCUCAGACAGCGCUGCACCAAGCUCAAAAGUCUGAUCCGGUUGGUGAAGCACUGGUACAAAAUGUGCAGGGAGAAAAUGGAGUCACUCCCUCCUCAGUAUGCUCUGGAGCUCCUGACUGUCUAUGCCUGGGAGCAUGGGAGUAAGAAAACGGAUUUCAGCACAGCCCAGGGCUUCCAGACAGUUCUGUAUCUGAUCCAGAAGUACCAAGAGCUCAUGGUCUACUGGACCAUCUACUAUGACAUUCACAAUGAGACUAUUGCAGGUCACCUUUGUCGCAAGCUCCAGGAACACAGGCCAGUGAUUCUGGACCCAGCUGACCCAACUGGUGAUGUAGGAGGUGGAUGUAAAUGGAAAUGGGACAAGCUGGCACAAGAAGCUCAAAAUUGGUCAUCUGCCCUCUGCUUUCAAAAUGGGGAUGGGAGCCAUGUAGAGCCAUGGAAAGUGCCGUUCCAGAUGUCAUAUGCACAAACCUGUGCUGGCUGUUCUUUGACUAUUUCUGAUGUAGCAACUAUGUUGCUGUUUGUUCCGGAGUUGGACUGGGGCCCUAAGGUCACCAGAUGGCCAGUGAUCUUGGACCCAGCUGACCCAACUGGAGAUGUAGGGGGUGGACGUCAAUGGCGCUGGGACAGGCUGGCAGAAGAAGCUAAAGCAUGGUCAUAUGCCCAAUGCUUUCGAAACUUGGAUGGGAGCUGGGUGGAGCCAUGGGAUGUCCCGAAUCAUGGUCAUCUGAAGUUGGAAUGUGGAGGUCUACUCCUGACCUCAGCUGAAUGUCCCAGCUGGGCUCUGACCAUCAAAGGUCACCGUGAGACUGGCACUUCCCAUGACCUUGGGGAUAUUGAAGAGUUCAAGGCUCUCAUGUCCCUCACUCUCUCGGUGCAGGCUGUGGACACCAUGGAUCUCUGGAACACUCGGCCAGGAGACCUGGACAGGUACAUCGAAGUGCAUCUCUUGCCUGAUACCCCUUUCAAGAGAGAGGUCCGAAGAGCCAUUGACGCCAUCUCCUCCUUCCUAAAGGACAGGUGUUUCCGAGAUACAGGGAAGUCAGUCCGGGUGACCAAGGUUGUGAAGGGAGGGUCAUCUGGCAAAGGCACAGCCCUGAGAGGCCGCUCGGAUGCAGACCUGGUAGUAUUUCUCAGCAACCUCAAAAGCUAUCGGGACCAGAAAGACCGUCGAAAAGAGUGCAUUGAGGCAAUCAAGAAACAACUGGUAGAGUGGGAGCGUGACCAAACUGGGGUGUUUGCAGUAAAAUUUGAGGAAAACAGAUGGCCCAACCCCAGAGUGCUGAGCUUCCAGAUGAGGCUGACAAUGUACAGUCCAUGGGUGGAUUUUGAUUUGCUUCCAGCCUUUGAUGCUCUAGGCCAGCUUAACAGGUUCUUCAAACCUGACCCUCAGGUCUACAUUGAACUUAUAAGGCAAUCCCAGGAGGGGGAAGAGGGAGAAUUCUCUACCUGCUUCACAGAACUACAGAGGAACUUCCUCAAAGAGCGUUGCACCAAACUCAAAAGUCUGAUCCGAUUGGUGAAGCACUGGUACAAAAUGUGUGAGGAGAAACUAGGCUCACUCCCCCCAAAGUAUGCCCUAGAGCUCCUCACUGUCUAUGCCUGGGAGCAUGGGAGCAAGGAAACCUAUUUCCGCACAGCCGAGGGCUUCCGUACCGUCCUGCACUUGAUCGAGCAAUACCAAGACCUCCAGGUCUACUGGACCGUCAACUAUGACUUCCACAAUGAGACCAUUGGGAGCUACCUGCGCCAGCAGCUCCAGAAACCCAGGCCAGUGAUCCUGGACCCAGCUGACCCAACUUGUGAUGUAGGGGGUAAUGAAAAAUAUCGACACCACUGGGAGAAACUGGCGCAAGAAGCUCAGCAAUGGUCGCAUGCCCCCUGCUUUCAAAAUGGGAAUAUAACCUUGGUGCAGCCAUGGGAUGUGCCAGUGGAGCAGACCCUGAAAGGAAGCAAAGGCUUUCCCAGUAACCCAGAAGUCUUCUAUCAAAGUGGAGGGGGCCUGCCCAAGUGUAAUUAUUACUUCCAAAGUGAGCCUGCCACUCAGGAGGAGACACGGAAAGGAAGCAAGGGCUUUCCCGGUAACCCAGAAGUCUUCUAUCAAAGUGGAGGGGGCCUGCCCAAGUGUAAUUAUUACUUCCAAAGUGAGCCUGCCACUCAGGAGGAGACACGGAAAGGAAGCAAGGGCUUUCCCGUACCCAGUUACUCAGGAGAGGUCCUGUCAGAGUACAAUCAUUACUCCCAUGUUAAGCCUCUCGCCCAACAAGAGCCCACCUGCACAGUUCUCUGGAGAGUGUCCGCCUCGCUGCAAUCUGCCCGAAGGACAGCUUCCUCUCUGAGGCCGGCUGCCCGUGAAGCUACGGCCUCGCUUGCAGCCCUACAGGCUGUAACCGCAGCCAUGGCUUUGUCCCAGACCGCCGCCAGGGCCCUGGACAAGUUCGUCCAGGAUAAUCUCACACCACAGAAAGACUUCCUGGAUCAGGUGAGACAAGCAGUGAACACCAUCUGCAAGGUGCUGCGGGAAAAGUGUUUCCAAAACUCCACUCCCAGGAUCCGCGUGAUGAAAGUUAUUAAGGGUGGCUCCUAUGGCCGGGGCACAGCCCUGAGAGGCGCCUCUGAUGCUGACCUCAUCGUCUUCCUCAGCUGCUUCAAGGCCUAUGCUGACCAAGGGGCCUGGCAGCCAGAGAGCUUCACCGAGAUCCGCACACAGCUGGAAGCCUGCUGGCAGAAACACCCCCAGGGACUGAGCCUCCAGUUCUCUGCCCAGAAGGAUCCUCGAGCCUUGAGAUUCAGGCUGGAGUCAGAGACACUCCACAGCUGCAUGGAUGUUUCCCUGAAGCCUGCCUUUGAUGCCCUAGGACACCUUGGACCGGACACCAAGCCCAGCCCCCAGGUCUAUGCAGACCUUAUUAACUGCGGUUCCCCAGCUGGAACAUACACUGCCUGUUUCACUGAGCUAAGGAAGAACUUUGUCAACAUUCGCCCCUGCAAGCUGAAGCAUUUGAUCCUCCUGGUGAAGCACUGGUACCUGCUGGUGACUGAGGUUCAUCAAGAGAAGCUUCAGUCAGCAAAGUCGUCCCUGCCCCCAAUCUAUGCCUUGGAGCUCCUAACCAUCUAUGCCUGGGAAAAGGGCUGUGGGAAAGAGAAAUUCAGCAUCGCUGAAGGUUUCCGAACUGUGUUGGGGUUAAUCCAGAAAUACCAGGAGCUCUGCAUCCACUGGGAGGUCAACUACAGCACUGCAGAUGAAGCUGUUGGGGUUUUCUUACAAAGUCAGUUCAAGAAACCCAGGCCCGUGAUCUUGGACCCUGCCGAUCCCACUUGGGAUGUGGCACACAGAGAUGGCCGGUGCUGGGAGCUGCUGGCCCAGGAAGCUAAGUCCUGCUUAUCUUAUCCCUGCUUUGUACAAGGAGAUGGCUCCCCCGUGCAGCCCUGGGGUGCUCUGGGUCUCCUGGAUCCAGGAGCAGACACUAAAGGAGAAGACCCUGUGGGGAAGGAAAAGGGGAUGCCCAGGAGGGAUGAUGGCCGGGCAAACACCAUCCCUGAAUGUCCAGGAUCCUCGGGAAGAGAAGCACCCAAGGGGAAGCCUGGCCCUGGCAGAACCAAUGAUGUCAACCAUGGCAGGACAGACAUGGAUCUUUACCACAUCCCAGCCCGAGAACUGGAUAAGUUCAUUCGGGAUGUUCUCCAACCGGACUCGGGUUUCCAGGAGCAGAUGGGCAAAGUCACCGAAACGAUCUUCAGGUGCCUGAGAGAAAAGUGCUUCCGAGCAUCUUCUCCCACCAUCCGGGUGCUGAGGGCCAGCAAGGGUGGCUCCUAUGGCCGGGGCACAGCCCUGAGAGGCGCCUCUGAUGCUGACCUCAUCGUCUUCCUCAGCUGCUUCAAGGCCUAUGCUGACCAAGGGGCCUGGCAGCCAGAGAGCUUCACCGAGAUCCGCACACAGCUGGAAGCCUGCUGGCAGAAACACCCCCAGGGACUGAGCCUCCAGUUCUCUGCCCAGGAGGAUCCUCGAGCCUUGAGAUUCAGGCUGGAGUCAGAGACACUCCACAGCUGCAUGGAUGUUUCCCUGAAGCCUGCCUUCGAUGCCUUGGGGCCUCUCCCCACUGGCUCCAAACCUAGACCCCAGGUCUACGCAGACCUCCUGAGGAAUGGCUCUCCACCAGGCACCUACUCGGAGUGUUUUACUGAGCUCCAGAGGGAUUUUGUCAACAUUCGCCCCGCUAAGCUAAAGAGCCUCAUCCUUCUAGUGAAACACUGGUACCAACAGGUAUCAUCUGGGUACAAGGCAGGACAGCAAGAUGAUGAGUGUUUGCCUCCAGCCUAUGCCCUGGAGCUCCUGACCAUAUAUGCCUGGGAGCAAGCAGGCAGAAAGGACAAAUUCCACAUGGCUGAAGGCUUCCUGACAGUCUUGGGCCUAAUCCGGGACUACCAGCAGCUUUGCAUCUACUGGACGGUCAACUAUGACUUUGAUGAUAAGGACAUCAGGAGUUGCCUACAAAAAGAGCUCCGGAAGCCCAGGCCCCUGAUCCUGGACCCAGCAGACCCAACCUGGAACGUGGGCCAGGGGAGCUGGGAGAUGCUGGCCCGGGAAGCUGAAAACUGUGGGCGUCAGACCUGCUUUGUGAAUGGGGACAGGUCUCCAGUACAGCCGUGGGAUGUGAUGCCAGCUCUGCUUCAACAAACUCCAUCCUGGGACCUGGACAACUUCAUCAGUAAAUUCCUCCAGCCCAACCGAGAAUUCCUGGGUCAGGUGAACAGAGCCGUGGACAUCAUCUGCUCAUUCUUGAAAGAAAACUGCUUCCGGAAUUCAUCCACUAAGGUGCUAAAAGUAGUUAAGGGAGGCUCAUCGGCCAAGGGCACUGCCCUGAAGGGCCGCUCUGAUGCGGACCUCGUUGUGUUCCUCAGCUGCUUCAGUAGAUUUGCAGACCAAGGGAUGAACAGGGCAGAAAUCAUUACAGAAAUCCGAACGCAGCUGGAAGCCUGCCGGCAAGAGAUGCAGUUUGAUGUGAAGUUCGAGAUCUCCAAGUGGGAGAAUCCCCGAGUGCUCAGCUUCACCCUGACGUCCGAGACCCUGGACCACAGCGUGAACUUCGACGUACUUCCAGCCUUCAAUGCUUUGGGCCAACUGGGCUCAGGCACAAAACCCAAGCUGCAGGUCUAUGUCGAUCUCAUUGACAGUUACAAUAAUGGAGGCGAAUUCUCAUCCUGCUUCACAGAACUGCAGCGGGAUUUUGUUAUCUCUCGUCCCGCCAAGCUGAAGAAUCUUAUCCGAUUGGUAAAGCACUGGUACAAACAGUGUAUAAGUAUUCCCAAAGGAAGAGGAGCACUUCCCCCACAGUAUGCACUAGAGCUCUUGACCAUCUAUGCCUGGGAACAGGGAGAUGGGACAGCCCACUUCAACAUGGCUGAAGGCUUCAGGACAGUCCUGGAACUGGUCCAAAAUUACAAGAACCUCUGUAUCCACUGGAAGGUCAACUAUCACCCUGAGAAUGAGAUCAUUAAGAAUUUCCUGAUUCAGCAACUCCGGAAACCCAGACCAAUCAUCCUGGAUCCUGCUGACCCAACUGGGAAUCUGGGCCAUGGCACCCGCUGGGACCUGUUGGCAAAGGAAGCUGCCUCCUAUGCAAAGUCUGUGUGCUGUGCAAACAAGUCUGGAGACUUUGUCCAGCCCUGGGCAUUGAAGGUGAGAAAAAUCUAA